CGCGCCUGCGCACCUGCAGGGCGCGGACCCAGGUGUCCAGUCUCUGUGGCUCUCGCCGGCCCAGAUCGCGGGGCCGCGGGAGGACGCCCUGGACACCCAGGACCUGCGCGGAGAUGGACUCGGUGGUCUUUGAGGACGUGGCUGUGAACUUCACCGUGGAGGAGUGGGCUUUGCUGGACCCGGCUCAGAGGAAGCUCUACAGAGACGUGAUGCUGGAGACCUUCAGGAACCUGGCUUCCGUGGGUUCUUGCCCUCAAGUUAAAACCAGUGGAUCAAGUCCUCAAUGGGAUAUUUUGGAGAAUGAACUAUGCAGUGAAAAGAAAAUAGUAAGAUGCACAAGAAAUGAUUCCUGUUCUAUUUUUGGAGAAAACUGGAUAUUUCAUAACAUCCGAGGUCACCAAACCCAAGAGAGGGAUUUCAGAAAUGGUUUGGUGGAGAAUCUCUGCAAAGGUAAUGAAGGUCAUCAAUGUGGAGAAACCCUGAACCAGAUUACACAUCUUACUGUGCAUAAGGGUUAUCCGACUGGAAUUCAGCCCUAUAAAUGUACUAAGUGUGGAAAAGCCUUCAGGGAUCGUUCUUUCCAGAAGAAUCAUCAAAGAUCUCACCCUGGACACAAACAUUAUCCAUGUGAAGAAUGUGGGGAAGCCUGCAGCUGUGUCUCGUGCCUAAAUCCUCCUGGGGAAACAGACAUUGUAGAGAAGCCCGAAAAACAUCAGGAUGCUGGGAGAGCAUCUAAGAGAUAUGUGAAGAGUGGCAGUAGUAAACAGUCUUCAGAGUGUAAGAAAUCUGGAAAAGCUCUCACUUGUCCUUCAUCCUUUAAGGGACGUGAGAGAGGUCACCAUGGACAGAAAAUCCAUGUGUGUAAAGUAUGUGGGAAAUCCUUUAUGUAUUAUUCCUACCUUGCACGGCAUGUGAGAACUCACACUGGAGAAAAGCCCUAUGAAUGUAAGGAAUGUGAGAAAACCUUCCGAUAUCCUGCAUCCCUGGGAGGACAUGUGACGAUACACACUGGAGAGAAACCUUACGUGUGUAAGGAAUGUGGGAAAACCUUCAGUUGUCCCAAAUACUUCAGAAGACAUGUGAAAACACACAGUGGCAUGAAGCCCUAUGAAUGUAUGGAAUGCGGCAAAGCCUACAGUUGCUCUUCAUCCCUUCGAGAACACGCACGAACACACAGCGAAGAGAAACCCUAUGAAUGUCAGCACUGUGGGAAAGCCUUCAGGCAUCAGCGAUAUUUUAAAAAGCAUGUGAGACUGCACAGCGGAGUAAAACCCUAUGAAUGUAUGGAAUGCGGGAAAGCCUACAGUUGUUCCACAUCCCUCCGGGAACACGAGAGAACGCACACUGGGGAGAGGCCCUUCGAAUGCCAGCACUGCGGGAAAGCCUUCACUCGCCAUGCCUCCCUUCGAGGACACAUGAGAACGCACAGUGGGGAGAGAGCCUACAGAUGUACACAGUGUGGGAAAGCUUUCUGUUGGCCCUCGUCCUUACGAAAGCACGUAAGAAUGCACAGUGAGGAGAAGCCCUACGAAUGUCAGCAAUGUGGGAAAGCCUUCUGGUACCCUGCAAACCUGCGAGGACACAUGAGGAUACACGCUGGGGAGAAACUCUGAAUCCAGGGACCGUGGGAGAGACUUCAUUCUCUCUUCAAACUUGUAAUGUGAGCAGCACACUGUAGAGGAAACUUAUGAAAGGGAAAAUGUGGGAAAACCUUCAGCACUUCACUUAUUUUGUACAUGAAAACUCAGAGCACAACAGAAAUCUUUUAACAGAGAUAAAUAUGGUUUUGCCUUGGUAAGUGCCUCAUCCUGAAUAGGGAUCCCAGUGUAUUAAUUUCUAGCUCAUGUUGCUGAUCUGAAUACUUAAGAUAAUAACUAUCCCUCUAUGUCUACUUCAUCUGUACUACUUAUAUUUUGUUAUCUCCAACUUUAAAUAAUCAUACAGUCAUAUAAAGCUUGCCUCAUUUCCAUUACAGUGUCUUUUUUUUUGACUGCCCUGCUCGGCUUGCGGGAUCUUAGUUCCCUGACCAGGGAUCGAACCCAUGCCCCCUGCAGUAGAAGCACAGAGUCCUAACCACUGGACUGCCAGGGAAUUCCCUUUAUGAUGUCUUUUGAACCCAGGGGUGAUAAGUGGUUUUCAGUUUUUGGUUUUUUUCAUGUGUAACUUGGUAUAAUUUUUAGGUGAAAAGUUUUUGAUUCUUACUUUGCAUUAUCUUCCUAGUAUGUGAUCAUGAUAUGAGGUCUGUAUUGUUGAAAUGUCUUUCCUGGUCCACUGUUACAGAUACUGGAAUUAUCUGACUCAAUAUUUACCCUCCCCUUGCACCUUCAUUACUGAAAGGUGUGUUUUCCAAGUUGUUUGUUGCUAGCAGAUACCAUAUCUGUGUUUCUCACAGAAAUUAGUAAUUGUGGAAGAUCUUGGAAAAUAACAUUCUCAUCUGAUUAUGUUUGUAAUUUGGCCUCUGUUCAUGUCCAUGAUCUUGGUUGGAAAUCGGACAUGAUAAUUGAGUCAAGAAGAGCAACUUGCUGGCAUGAAGAUGAAAGCUCCUGUCCAGACAGUUCUACUGAAUUGUGUUGUCAGCUUGGGUAAGGUGAGAAACUGUAUAUCCAGAGUCCUUCUGUUAGUGGUUCUGAGUUAAAGUUCUUAAGGUUAGGAAGAAGCAUGAGGUCUGGAAAGCAGAAGUGUGGAAACCAUGAUUCUCAGGUCUUCUGUACCAUCAGGAGACAGAGAUGCAUGGCAACCUGGUGAGCCUGAGUUCCAGCACCGUUUUCUGAGUUCUGGCUCUGCCCAUGUGGAACAGUCCCAAUCAGACACGUUUGAUGAACCCAACCCUGUGGAUUUCUGACUACAGAAUCUGAUCCAUGAUGGGGGUUUAUAGAGGUUACGUGUGGAAGCCAGGACCCCUAGAAAAUGGAAGAGAAAAAGUUGGCGUCUGGUUUGAUAACUUACUUGACUGACCUGGCUGGUGAUCACCAGCUCCUACCUGGUUGCCCAACAAGCCCCUGUGCACUGGUCUGUCUGUAUAUGGUGGUUCCAAACCCUGGGAAGAAUGAUUUCUUCACUGUGCCUUCCAGAUCUCAUACGAGUUAAGCUGUUGGUGAAUUGUAAUCUGGAAUCGUAAAGACGGGGAUCCUGGGAAACAUAACCUCCCGGCCUUACCCUCAGUGAAACAACAAUUCAGCAGAAACAUAUCUACCUUUAGAUUUCAUUGACCUUUCACAGUAAUACCAAGAAAUGUAGCACAGUGGGGAUGAGAGGGAUAUGGAGAUGGAAGUUUCAUUCAUUCAUUCAUUCAUUCAUUCCAGGGAAUAUUAUAACAGAAGAGUAAACUAUUUCAGAUAACACUGGAAGUUGAUACCUAAAUGUAUUAUUAAAAUAUAUACAAACCCUUAACCCUGCUGGUCCAGUGGUUAAGACUCCAUGCUCCCAAUGCAAGGACCACGGGCUCGAUCCCUGGUCAGGGAACUAAGAUCCCGCAUGCCACAUGGCGCAGCCCCCCCCAAAAAAUACAUACGUAUAUACUGACUUAAGUAGUGUGUCCUCCCCUGCCCCACCACCGAUUUCAUGUCCACCUGGCAUCACUGACACAACCUGAUUUGGAAUAAGGUCUUUGCAGAUGUAAUCAGGAUGUGGUCAUAUUGGAUUGGUGUUGGUCCUAAUACAAUGAUGUGUAUCCUUAUAAAAAGAGGGAGAUUUGGGCACAGAGACCUGCACAGGAGACAGACACGUCUUCACCAUGUAAAGACAGAGCAGAGAUUGGUGUGAUCUCUGUACAAGCCAAGACAUGCAAAGGAUUGUUGGCAACUUCCAGAAGCUAGAAGAUAUGCCUAGAACAGGUUCCUCCUCAGAGCCUCCAGAAGUAGCCAGCCCUGCUGACCACUUCAUUUCGUACAGCCAGCCUCCUAAACCAUGAGAAAAUAAGUUUCUGUUUUUUAAGCCGUCAUGUCUCCAGUGCUUUGUUAGGGCAGGCCAAGCAGACUAAUGUAGUUCCUAGAGAGGGAGUGGGCCUUGGAUAUUUGAAGGACAGCCAGAGGCCAGUGUUUCUGGAGCAGAAUGAGCUGGUGGCAAGAACAGCAGAGGUGAGAGGAGAGCAAUGGCGGUGGGUAGGCACAUCAUAUCCUGAUGCACUGACCUGCCGUGGUGCCCUGACAUUGGCCAUGAGUGACAUAGAGCCUAAAAGUGGCCAGAUGAGGCAGCUUUACAAAGUCCCUGUGUUACCUUGAGAAUAGACUCUAGGAUGUUGUCACUUAAGGUAGUGGAUCAGAUCGGGUUGGUAGCAGUGGCAAUGAUGUGCCAGGUUGGAGCCCGGAUGUAAUUUGAAGUUAGAGCCAUCAGAAUUUCUUGAUGGCUUGAAGGUGGGGUGAAAGGAAGAGUCAAGAGUGGCUUUAUUAUUUUGUGCAGGAAAAACUGGCAUGAUGGUAUUGCCAUCAACUGACAUGUAGCUCAUGAGCAAUGGAGAAGAAUAUUGGUGGAGUGUAAGCAGUUGAACUUGGAGUGUGCUGAGAUGAAGCUGAGAUCAGGGCAUACUAAGGCAGAAGAUAAACAUAUGAGAAUUUUAUUAGAUUUUAUUACAAUUUUAAAAAUAUUUUAGGGACUUCCCUGGCGGUCCAGUGCUUAAGACUCUGAGCUUCCACUGCAGGGGAUGUGGGUUCGAUCCCUGGUCUGGGAACUAAGAUCCCACAUGCCCCGUGGUGUGGCCAAAAAAUAAAAAUAAAAGCAAGUUUUAAAAAAUAAAAACAUAUUGUAAGAGAAUGUUAUUACAAACAUUGGUCCCAAUGGCAAAAAUGUGAAUAAAAAAAGCUGCUAACAGUUGAAUCGGUACAUGAAAAUGGUAUAGUCCUACAAGCAUAAAAAUAGAUUAAUAAAAGUACAUAAAUUACCAAACUGUGGACAGCAAAACAUUUUUGAAUAAAAGACACUUGAUACGGACUUCCCUGGUGGUCCAGUGGUUAAGAAUCCACCUUCCAAUGCGGGGGACGCGGGUUCGAUCCCUGGUUGGGGAACUAAGAUCCCACACGCCGAGGGGCAGCUAAGCCCGAGCGCCACAACUAGAGAAGCCCACGUGCCAUAACGAAGACCCAGCGCAGCUAAAAUGAAAAAUAAAUAAAAUUUAAAAAGUGGACUGUUAAAGCUAAUUUUAAAAAAAGACACGAUAUAAAAUGAUACAUACCAUUUGAUUCUAUUUACAUACAAUAUAAAACAGGAAAAAUUAUUGAUGAAACUAAAAGUAAAUGAAAGGAAAUGAUUUUUUAAAGUUUGGGGUAUUGGUAACUGUGAGAGGACGGGCUGGGGCUUCUGAUGGGGCAUAAACCCAAGUGGAGUGUGGGGGGUGUGACAGCAGCCUCCCUGUCGUGUAUGGAUUGUGACAUCAUGUGUUAAAAAAAAGGAGACAUCAGGCCCAAAAUGUAGUCACUUGUGCUGAAUCCCAUGUCAGCAAGCCAAAACUUACUACCUAGCCAAAUUGCACUUUCAAUCUUUCCCAGGAGUGUGACCUUUAACCAGUCGAUAUGGGUUUUCCUGCUCAGCACUAGUGAGGUAAUCCCCUUGAUAGACCCCCUCCAUCCCCCUUAGGAGGGCGGCAUUGCCUGAAACCAUGCAUUCUUUGCUAAUAAUUUCCUUUCCACUUUUGAAAACAUUUCCUCUUCUGAAGCUCAAUGGUGCACCUUUCUACUUGCCAGAUGGGACCCUGCCCAGUUCAUCAACUGUUCAAUAAAGCCAAUUUGAUCUUUAAAUUUACUCAGAGAAUUUUUGCUAUUUAACAGAUUUGGUGGCAGCAGUGGGAUCAAAGGACUUUCCAAUGGUAUUCAGAGAUGACCAGAAACAGAGGCGUGGGGGACUUCCCUGGCGGUCCAGUGGUUAAGACUCUGUGCUUCCACCGCAGGGGGCGCAGGUUCAUCCCUGGUCAGGGAACUGAGAUCCCACAUGCCGUGUGCCAUGUGGUGCGGCCAAAAAAUAAUUAAUUAAAAAAACACACACGCACAGGUGUGGUACCAGCAAACCUUUUUUCGAGUUCACUGUCUUUCUCACCAUUUCUGAGGGCUGUGGAUAAGUUCCUCUCCUUUCUGAGCUCUGCUCUCUGCUCUACUCCCAAUCGAAUUGACUUUCCAGUCAGGGGUUAGUGGGUCAGCUUGAGCUGGAAGAUGGUUCCAUCCAGAACCCUAGUCCCUAGUUCUUAGUUCAGUCUGCAAUCUCCUGCUUGCUUGGAAUCCCUUUCGCAAGUUGCACCCUGCAUUUCCCCUUUACUGGAGUUGCUGAUACAGUCCUUUCUCCAGUUGCAGUCUAUUGACCCCAUUUGCAGGAAUCUCCUUAUUUAGUCCAUGCUGGGAUUUUUUUUUAAUUUGGCCAUGCCCUGAGGCAUGCUGGAUCCUAGUUCCCGACCAGGGAUUGGACCUGUGCCCCCUGCAGUGAAAGUGCAGAGUCCUAACCAUUGGACUGCCAGGGAAGUCCCCCAUGCUGGGAAUUGCUGGUGGUGUACACAGACUUCUGCAGUAGUGUAUCUUGGUUGCUGUUGGUUUGUUUUGGUGAACAUGUUUAUCUUGUUUUGUGUAGAUAAAGGCUACUGCUAACAUGGAUCUCAGAAACCAAAAAGCCAUAAAAAUUGGUGGUCACAGAUCAAGAAUUUAAGAGCUGUUAGAACACUUGCCACCUAACUCAAAGACUCCCAUGUUGGGAGAAGUUGGUCACAGAACGGGUUGGAAUGGUACAAGGUCCCUUGCCAAACUCAAGAAAAUUUCUAUGCAGUGUGGUACAUUGUAAACUACCACAGUUUCCAACUGAGUGGCCUGUCCCUUUUAGGUAUUAGUUUGACUCCAAGUGACCGAAAGUAUAAGAAAGAAGUAGAAGGAGAGAGGGAGGGAGGAAAGAUACAUACAUACAUACAUACAUACAUACAUACAUACAUAAGAUCCUUGUAUCCACAUGGUUAAUAAGCAUGCCACCUUCCAGUACACCUGUUAGGAACUGUGGUCCCAGAAGCUAUAAAUAUCUGUAAAAAUGGCAAAAUCUUACUGACAACAACCUACAAAUUUUGUGUCCUGAGAACAUGGCUUGGGAGCCCCAAAAUAUGGCCAAACCGAAAUGUAUAUUAAUCUCCAUUUGCAGCUAGGGUCCUACCAAACUGCUGCCAUUCCUCAGGGAAAUUAAAACCUAGCGUUACAAUGGCUGUUAUAAGGAACAUUCCAAUUAGAUAAGAUCAUUUAAGAAGUGCACUUAAUAAAAAAUUUUAAAAUAAUAAAAAUUUUUAAGAAUUAAAAAGAAAGUGCACUUAAAAGUGAGGGCUUCCAUGUGAAACAAACAGAAUGGGAUACCUAUUUUAAUUGGCAUGUAGGGGCCUCCAAAAGUCAAAAAAUUUUCUUAAAAUUCAUUACAAAAGGCUAAUAGAAAAUUAAAGCUAUAAGAGGUACCUAAAACAAAACUCAUAAAGACAACAUUGAACGUAGUGGUUAUUUUGACAAAACAUAAUGUCUACCUUUUAUAAUCUCUUAUUAUCACAAGCAGACCACUAGAAAAAAUAUUCGUUCUUUUAACAGAAAAACCAAUUUUUACUUUUGCACUAACUUGUCAUAUUAAAACUUGUUCACCUAAAUUUAUUCCAAUUUUAGCCAGUCCUGACGACACAAAAAAAUCCUUUCUAAAGAUUCCUUUUUUUCACAAAACUUUUACAACUUUCUAUGUCCAUUUUACUUGUCCUUUGUUUUCUUUCCCAUUUAGAAAUAACUGGCUUUAGGACAAAGUCACUUCGUUUUCCCUUAACAAAAUGCAUUUCCAUUCCUUAUACAUUUUUCUUUUAAUUUUCUUUUUUUUAAAAUAAAUUUAUUUAUUUAUUGGCUGCGUUGGGUCUUCGUUGCUGUGCAUGGGCUUACUCUAGUUGCGGCGAGCAUGGGCUACUCUUUGUUGUGGUGCACGGGCUUCUCAUUGCGGUGGCUUCUCUUGUUGCAGAGCACUGGCUCUAGGCGCGCAGGCUUCAGUAGUUGUGGCGCACGGGCUUAGUUGCUCCACGUUAUGUGGGAUCUUCCCGGACCAGGGCUCAAACCCAUGUCCCCGGCACUGGCAGGCGGAUUCUCAACCACUGCGCCACCAGGGAAGUCCCUCUUUUAAUUUUCUUGCAUACAAGGAUGUCUUCCUUAUUAAUCUUAGUAGUUUUAGAAACCUUAAUUUAUAGUGAAACUAAGAAGUAAGCAAUCGUGAACUGUUUGUUAUACCAAUAUUUCUUUUCCAAUGCAGUAAAAAGUAUCUUACUAAUAGAUCCAAAUAUCUUUUGUUUUCUAUAAUAAGGCAAAAGUAGGUAAACUUAGACUUGUUUAGUAUUGAAUAACUAAUGUUUCAGUAUUUUAUCUUACUCAGAAAUGACAUAGACAUUCAAUGAAUUCCCAUCAUUCAAUUUAACGUAGCAAACUCUAAGGGUGUAAAUUACCCCCUCAACAUUGGUAAGCUAUUCUAAAUAGAUCUAGCAUAAAACAAUUAUCACUUAAAACUUCACAUAGGGAAGAUGGCGGACUAGGAGGACGCGGAAUUCGCGUCUCCGCACAACUAGGGCACCUACCAGGCACCAGUGGGGGACCACAGACACCUAAGGGGAUGGGAGGAACCCCCAGUGACUGGUUGUUUCAAUUAUAUUUUUAUUUCUCCUAAUAUAUUUUUUAUCUUUCUAAUUUUAUCUUAUUUUUUGUUAUUGUACUGCUCCCUUUUCUUUUUCUUUUUUCUUUUUGCCACACCACGCAGUUUGCGGGGACCUUGGUCCCCAGGCCGGAGGUCGGGCCCGAGCUCCUGUGGUGGGAGCUCCGAGUCCAAACCGCUGGACUAACAGAGAACCUCAGACCCCAGGGAAUAUUAAUCGGAGUGAGGCCUCCCGGAGGUCCUCAUCUUAGCACCAACACCUGGCUGUAUCCAACUGCCUGCAAACUCCAGUGCUGAACGCCUCAGGCCAAACAACCAGUAAGACAGGAAUACAGGCACUAGCAACACAAGAAACAAAUAGAUAAACUGGACCUUAUCAAAAGUAAAAUCUUUUGUGCAUCCAAGGACACUAUCAAGAGAGUGAAAAGACACCCCACAGAAUGGGAGAACAUAUUGGAAAUCAUAUAUGCGACAAGGUUUUAUUAUCCAGAACACAUUAAACAGCCGUGCAUAUCAAUAAUAAAAAUGCAAACAACCCAGUUAAAAAAUGGGAAAGAAGUUGAAUAGACUUUUGUCCAAGAGUGAUAUACAAAUGGCCAAUAAACAGAUGAAAAUUUUCUCCACAUCGCUAAUCAUCAGGGAAAUGCACGUCAAAACCACAUGAGAUAACCACUUUGCACCUGCUCGGAUGGCUAGAAUCAUGGCCAGAAGUGUUGUCAAGGAGAAAAGCAGCGGCGGCUGCUCUAGUGGCAGUAGCAGUAGCGCCGGGUCCAGAGAAUGGAGGUGCUCCUAGAGCAGCGGCAGUUCUGACUACGGCGCCGGGACGAGUCCGGUUCGUGUUCGUCCGUGGAGAUCUCUCUCAUCUCGCUCGGCUGCGGGAAAUCGGGCUGAAGCGACUGAGUCCGCGAUGGAGAGAGAAAAGGAACAAAUCCGUAAACUCUUUAUUGGUGGCCUGAGCUUUGAAACUACAGAAGAAAGUUUGAAGAACUACUGUGAACAAUGGGGAAAACUUACAGAUUGUGUGGUAAUGAGGGAUCCUGCAAGCAAAAGAUCAAGAGGGGCUUCCCUGGUGGCACAGUGGUUGAGAAUCUGCCUGCCAAUGCAGGGGACACGGGUUCGAGCCCUGGUCUGGGAAAAUCCCACAUGCCACGGAGCAACUAGGCCCGUGAGCCACAACUACUGAGCCUGUGCGUCUGGAGCCUGUGCCCCGCAACAAGAGAGGCCGCGACAGUGAAAGGCCCGCGCACCGCGAUGAAGAGUGGCCCCCGCUUGCCGCAACUAGAGAAAGCCCUCGCACAGAAACGAAGACCCAACACAGCCAAAAAUAAAUAAGUAAAUAAAUAAAUAAUUAAAAUUUAAAAAAAAGAUCAAGACGAUUUGGUUUUGUAACUUUUUCAUCCAUGGCUGAGACUGAUGCUGCCAUGGCUGCCAGACCUCAUUCAACUGACGGGAGAGCGGUUGAGCCAAAACGUGCUGUUUGCAAGAGGGGAAUCUGGAAAGCCAGGGGCUCAUGUCACUGUGAAGAAGCUGUUUGUAGGUGGAAUUAAAGAAGAUACUGAGGAACAUCAUCUUAGAGAUUACUUUGAGGCAUAUGGACAAAUUGAUACCAUUGAGAUAAUUACUGAU